AGACCCUCGUCAUUUUUUGUUAAGAAUCUAUUGUUUGAAAAUUGAAUCAUUCUUCUCGGGGCAAAACCAACUAUUAACCAAAUUUGGUGCCUUAUAUCUCAAAAGAUAUUAAAUACUCACAAAUAAUUAUAAAUUCUCUACACAUUUACUGCUCGAAUGAAUCUGUGCAUACGUUUUUCUGACCUUUAUGUGAUGUGCUGACGAAAUGGUCAUAACUUUUGCAGCUGGAGGGAGCAUUUGACUUCUAAUAAGUAUGCCUCCAAACUGUUCGAUAAAAUGUCUAGUAGGCAAAGCCAGUACAACCAUCUUCUCUCCCUACUCCACAAAUACAGCCAUCGCCGCCGCGCCAUUCAGCAAAUCCACUGCCACCUUCUCCUCACAAAUCCACUCCUCAACCAUGGAAUUUGCUUACUUCUUCUCUGGAACUCCGUAAUCAAGCACUACGCACUCGGCAGAUUCCCGCGAGAUGCUCUCUCUCUCUUCAAAUAUAUCGGGAAUCAAAGGAAUCCCUUUUCAUUCGAUAGCUUUACCUACUCCUAUCUCAUCAAAGCAUGCGCGAAUAUGAAGAGACCUGACGUGGGGAACCAGCUCCAUUGCCGGAGCACUAAAGUGGGGUUCCAUUGUAAUCUUCACGUGCAGACUGCAUUGGUGAAUAUGCAUGCAGAUUCUGGGUACUUGGUUGAGGCGAGGAAGGUGUUCGACGAAAUGCCUGAGAGAAAUUUGGUGACUUGGAAUGUUUUGCUCACAGGGUUAGUUAAAUGGGGCGAGGUCGGGCUUGCAAGGGCUGUUUUUGACGCCAUGCCGGAGAGGAAUGUGGUUUCUUGGACCGGGAUGAUCAACGGGUACACUCGUGCGAACCGGUUUCACGACGCCUUGCAUUUGUUUCGGACAAUGGUCGUGCACCAGGGGAUCCGACCCACGGAGGUGACGCUCCUCGCGCUCUUCCCGUCUAUAUGGAAUGUCGGAUCGCUCGAGUUCUGCCGGAUGAUUCACGGCUACGCGGAGAAAAGUGGACUGAACAUGAUGGAUGUUCGUGUUGUUAAUUGCCUCAUCGAUGCAUACUCGAGAAGCGGGAGCAUAGGAAGCGCGUGGCGGGUGUUCGAGGAAGCCGAUGAUGAGAGCAAGAAUUUGGUUUCUUGGACUUCGAUGAUAUCUGCAUUUGCAAUGCACGGAAUGGCUGCGGAAGCUUCUGAUUGCUACAAGGAAAUGGAAAACAAGGGCGUCACGCCCAACUCCAUCACGUUUCUGAGCGUGAUGAGCGCUUGCAGUCACGGCGGAUUGGUGGUCGAGGGGCUCGAGUUCUACAGGAAAAUGGUGGAUGAUUACGGGAUUUCACCCGGAAUCAAGCAUUACGGAGCUUUGAUAGACAUGUUGGGGAGGGCGGGGAGAUUGGAGGAAGCGGAGAAGAUAGCCCUAGGCGUCGCCCCGAGUGAAAGUGUGGUGGCGUGGAGGACUCUUUUGGGCGCUUGCAGCUUCCAUGGCGACGUCGAGAUGGGCGAGAGAGUGACGAGGAAGAUCAUGGAGAUUGAGCUGAGAUAUGGUGGCGAUUAUGUGCUUCUGUCAAACAUCUUCUCUGCUGCAGGUAGGUUUGUGGAUUCUGAGAGAGUGAGGAAGAUGAUGGAUGGCAGAAAUGCCUCAAAACUUGCUGGGAUUACUAUGUCCACUUGCAGAGAUUUUUCAUGACAAUCUCUUAUAAAAUGUUUGGCCUCAUUAAUUACAAAUUACCAUUUAUUGAAUAUUUUUUUUAUUAUUUCA